AAUUCCAGGCAAAAGCACAUGGCUUGCUAAGUUGAUGUAAAUUUCCCUACCUUCUAAUCAACACCUCCAUACCAUUUCUUUAUUAGUGCUCAUCUCCCUAAACCCCAAACCAUCACAUACAUGCCAUUACUAAUCAACAUUCAUCUGCAGUACACCAUAUAUUCAUCGGAACACACAGACAUGGCAGCAAAGAAAGGAUCCAUGUAUGUCUACAAGUUGGAGAAUCCCAAGGCGGCAGAGCCAAAGAAAGCCAUCUUCGGAGGUUGGCCCGGGCUGAGGAGAUCCAAAACCUGCCGCGAAACCCAAGGCGGUCGACCGGAUUAUUCGAAGGCGGCGGCGGAGAGAGACGGCGGGGUGAAUGCGACGGUGGAAGCUGCGGCGGCGAGGAAGUCGUUCUCGUCGUCGGUGGAGUCGAGAAAAUCAGUGUGCAAUAUUGAAGUGAACGUGGGGUCAGCGGCAAGCUUGCUUCAGGUCAAAGUUAUGGCGAGUGACAUGCCAGGGUUUAUGCAACUGCAUGCCUUCAGAUGUGCGAGGACUACUUUUGAUAGCUUGGAGAAGUUUAGUUCUAAGCACUUGGCUUACAACAUUAAGAAGCAGGAAUUUGAUAAAGUGUAUGGACCGGCCUGGCAUUGCAUUGUGGGCUCAAGUUUCGGGUCAUUUGUAACCCACUCAACAGGAUAAACGUUUAACUUUAUAUAUAUGGGAUCCGGUUCAGGUAGGGACUUAGUGAAUAAAUUUGCUAGAUUGUCAUUGGGGCGAAUCUCCUGACAAAAAUAUUUUACCACUCUUCUGGAGUUCAUUUGGGUAAAGGAAUUUUUGUAUCAGGUACAAUUAUAUAUGUUUUGAAUUGUACCAAGUAUGAUAACUCAUGUCUAUUGAAUCGGUACAAAAUGCAUCAAUGACAAUA